AUGUGCCACGACCAACAGGUUCUGCAAACAACCUGUGGGCACAACUCACUGUGCGAGCCACCCACCGCGCUUAUCACUUCUAGCAGUACCCGUCCCGGUGCAAGCUCCGAGGGGGUCCGUGGGCCCCUCACCAGCUUCACCAGAGCCUCCGCCACCACCCAGAGCAGUGGUUUUCCUCAGCUCCCCACUCUUCUUCGGAAAGUAAGCACUCCAACACACCCUACUCCUUUCCGAGCCUGGCUCCUGACAAGCCGGCGCCGAUCGCGAGCACCUAGUUGGCCCUUCCAAGAAAGCUGCUCCCCAGUCGGCCCGGAUCCUUCAAGGAGGCCACCUGGACGCUGCCCCGAGCCAGGAGACAGAGUGGCCCGCCUCUCUCCGGGUCCCUGCUGUCUCCGCAGAGCUUUCUCUUCUCUACCCAGCGCCCACCCUUCGGGCAGCGGGAGUAGUCGCCCAGCGUCAGCGCCCGGCUUUGUCUGCGCCCACGGAGCGCUCCUGCCCGGCGCCCCAGGGGCUUUCGUCAAGCACGCAGCCGGCGGGUCCGGCCUGCCCUCCACCCCCGGCGCCCGGCCCGCGCAGCCCCCGCCCCAAGAUCGCCGCCACCUUCCUCCACUCUACCUUUCCCCAUCAGAGCCAGGGGGCGCGGUGCCCACCGCUCUCCGCAAGCCUCCAGGGACGCAACGCACCCCAGCCCUCAGCCAGUGCGCCCUGCUGGCCGCCGAAACCCCGGGCCGGCAGAAUCCUAGGGGGCCACUCCCGGCCCCUCACCCUCCCGCGGCUGCCGUAGCCCCUGCUAACACCAGGCAGAGAUUGGGGGCCGGGCCGGAGAGCGGGCGCGGGGUACCUUUCCCUGCAGAGCCCGGGAAGUGA